AUGACUGUCACAAACCAAAACACAGCGGCUUUGGCGCUGCCUGAUCCUUAUUACAUCUUCCGUGCCUUGACCGCUUUCGGCUUCUAUACACAAUGGAUUGUUAUGAUCAUGAAUGGCUCCUUCGUCGCCAUGGUUGUGACAAAUUGGCAUGGCGUCUUUCCAACUGGCACGCCGGUCAAAACGGCAUGGACCGGCAUUUGGCCUAUUGACUUCGUCCUUGGCCUUCUGGUUGUUUUCUUUGGUGCCGUCAAUAAUGUGGCUGAUUUGACCGAUCUGGGCCCCUUUCUUAUGCUGGUCGAUCUCGUAUUCACGCUCGUUGUCUUCAAUAUCAUGACACUCGUGGAAGACCGUCGAAAUAGAAAAACAGGACCCCUCCGCUUCCCUGCAGGCUGGCAAUUCCUUUGGAAUUGGUGUGGUGCAGCUUCGGUUCUGCCUAUCUACUCGCACUUGUAUCUCAGCAAGCGGUCCGCCGAGACCCCGAGUAUACCAGCACACCAGAGACAAGCGUUAGUUUUUACUGCUAUUUGGAGUAUAAUCAUAUCUUUCCCUGUGCUUGUGCCAUCCGUUCUCGGCGCCACUCCUUUUCAAGUUCAAGACGGGGUAGUCAUGUGGUUUUUUGCGCCUCUCACACUGGGCAUCUUUCAGGAUCUGUUCGGUCUCCUCGUCUCUAAGACGUCGUAUGGCGGGCUCAAGGACCCCAUUAGCGUCGCAUAUAGCAUCGUCGGUGCGUUCAGCGCCGUGGUGCACAUCGGUGUAGCCGUGUCGCCUUAUUUCUGCGGUCCAGAAGUGACAUGGAGCAGGAUUUACUGGCCCAACCACAGCGCACCUCAGCCCGGUAGUCCGUCAUUCAUGACAGAGGGCGCCAUGCUUUUUAUGCAAUAUGACCAUGUCGUCAUUUACCUCUGCGUUUUUGCCUUGGGAGCUUACAUGCUCGGUUUCGACAAGAUCACAUCUGCAAGCUCGCUGUCCGGGAAAAUGCAGGCCGGAUAUCCCAUUCUUGUCCUUACAGCGAUGACUGUCAUUACUGGUCCAGGCGCUGGACUUGCUUGGCUACUUUGUCAGAAGGAGAAAGAGUUAAGGGCUUGUGAGGAGGUGGGAGAUAUGGUGGAGAAAGCAUAG